CGGGGGGGGAGGGAAGUCCUUAUCUACGGACUACUACUCUAGUAGUGGCAGCUGAGGAAUUUUUUCCCCUUUUGACCUUUUGAGCCGGAAUCCCCUCGUUUCUUUUUCGCACCCAAUCUUUUGCUGUUAUCAGCAGCCGCUGGGGUCUUGGCGCCGCACCACCAAUGCCUUAUCGCUCCCACCCAUCAAAUCUCUCCCGAUCUUAUCAACCCAGCGCUCUUCCUCACUCCAUCCACUAUCAGCGCCGUCUCCUCAUCUUCCCCAUCCUCUGCCUUCCUCUACCGCCCCGUUUGCUGCUGAAAAGACCAUGGCGACCACGUUGGCUGAUCAAAAACGUCCUCAAUUACAGCCCGUGUGCCAGAAUUGCGGCACCUCCACCACCCCCCUCUGGCGCCGUGACGAACUCGGCUCCGUGCUCUGCAACGCCUGUGGUCUAUUCUUGAAACUACAUGGGAGGCCUCGUCCGAUAAGCCUAAAGACCGAUGUGAUCAAAAGUCGCAACCGCGUCAAGACCGCCGGUCAGGGUACCAAGCGCAAGUCGGGCGGUACCAUCGAUACCAAUGGCCUCUCUGCCUCCCGAUCCGAAGCAGGGACUCCGCCUCUGGGAUCGCAUGGCAAUCGUCGCGCGUCGCGAAAGACGUCUCCGGGCCACUCCGACCGAUCCAACUCGCCGGUGCCGCGCACGGAAACGCCUGGUCUCCCUCAGGUGCAACAACAACACACCCAAUCGCUGCACAACUCCAAUAUCGCACCGCAACACAUGUUUGACAGUGUGACCAUUGGUGACCAUGGCAUGAAUCCGCCCAAUUCAAUGCCGUCGGUGCAGCUGCGCCAGCCUUCCCCGACCUCGACGUCCGCGGCUGGCGACCGUCACCCCGAGUCUCCUCAGACUUAUGAAGGUCUCUUGGCGGCGAAUACAUCCCUGAAGACGCGCGUGAGCGAAUUGGAGUUUAUCAACGAACUCUUCCGCGGUCGUGUCGCGGAGCUCGAGCGAAGCGAUGCGACGGCUCGCCGGUCCGAAAUGAUUGUGCGCGACUCGGAAGUCCGGCUGCGACGGUCUCUGGAAGAGGCCCAGCGACGCGAGGACGAUCUCAAACAGCGGGUUGCCGACCUUGAGCGGCAGCUAGCUGACAAGAGUACUCCCAACAACAUCACGAACAGCGACAGUCCGGGUGAACCUCUAGCCAAGAGAAUGCGAUUGUCAGACGUGGUCGAGCAACCAGCCGAGUCUCCGACCAAAUCGCCCAAGAGCGUCUAACCCAGGAAGGAAGGCUCAGUAUGUUGGACGAAAGCGUCCGCGUUGUUGAUCCCAGCGUGUAUUCGCGCGUUGCUGAGAUCUCUGAUCUGAUCUUCCUUGGUC